AUGCAGGGAGUCAGAGCCCCAGUAUCGGCGUCUGGUCAGAGUGAGAAAGCAGGCUCGCAGGCGUCGUCAUUAAGCGACUGCAGCUCUUCAGAAGUGGGAAACUUGGCUACUGGAGAGUAUACUAUUACAAGAAGUAAUUCUCAUCUGUGUAAUAAAAGUCCUGAUUUAUUUUGUUACAUUUGUGGAGAAUUCAAUUUGGAAAGGAAUCGAAGAUCGUUAUCUGAUAAGAUGAAACAAAUUUAUGAAGAAUGUUUUGGUCUCCAAAUUACUAAUUUGGAUUUAGCAUGGGUUCCACAUACGAUUUGUAGUCGAUGUAACAUGAUGUUAACCCGGUGGGAAAAAAAAACAAGAAACAGGACAACUUGAAAUUCACAAUACCAAUGAUAUGGUCUUCACCAACUGGUUUACAGAAUUGUUAUUUCUACAAUCUUUAUUUCAGGAUGCAAAUUUUGAAGGAACAAUGAACGACACAGAAAAAGCAGCUUGGGUAAGCUUCAAAAAUGUUUCACAAAACUUUUUGGGAAAUAACAGAAAUUCUCAUCUUGACCACUUCCCUGACAAUUGUGGAGACUAUAGUGAAGAACAGGGAGAACGUUUUCACCAAGACAUCAGUGAAAUGGAGAGUAGAUACCAAGGAAAUUGGAGUGUUAACAUGAUGGCAGAUUUUUGUUGGAUGUUAAAAAGAGAAGUACCCAAAGAAAAUCGUAAACGAAAGAGGAAUCCACUACGAAGAUCAUUUGAGGAUAAAAGAGUGCGAUACAAACGAAGGAAAGUUUAGGAUUCGUAAAAAUCAUUUCUUUCUAUCUUUUAAUGUCUUGUGUUUUUCACAGAUUUCAAGUUAUUUGAUAUAUCUACGUUAUAGAGUAUUUAUUUUAGGCAUUAAAUCAUGUUCAAUCAAUUUUUUUUCUGUUAUGAAUGGUAAUUUUUACAAUUUUUUCGAAUUUUUCCAGCUUUAGAGGGUGA